GCUACGACGCCGCCGCCUGGCUGGCCGAGAACGACGUUACUUCGCAGCCAUUGGACGAUGCCCGUGCUGCGUGGAAAGAGCCUGCUAUCCAGUUUCAUAUAUCUGAUGCUUUGCUACAGGAAAUGACACGCGGCAAUGUACGUGAAUCAUUUGAUGUCAACGAUCGUUUUGCCGGAUAUCCAGUGACCGGCAAUGGAACGCUUACCGGGAAAUACAGUCUUGAUCCAAUUUCCAAUGGCACGCUGAACUGGCAUUUUCGGGGAACGAGUUCUUCUCAGACGACGGCAUAUGCCAGCGAAGCAAUCGUCUAUCAGCGAAGUACUACAUCGAUCGAUGCACAGUUUCCCAUCGCCUGGGACCAGGGAAAGUUUGUCCUUCGCAACUCGCGUGUCGUUGCCAACGCCAAUGUUCAGCCGUACUCCGCUCAAAGCCGCAUGCGACGCGGAUCAAAUACUGUCGUCCAACGGGCCAUGCAAAAUGCCAGGGCCAACAGCAGUCGUGCCGAACGCGAUUCUGAAGCCAAGACGGAAGCAUACAUCCGGCGACGUAUGGGAGACGAAGUCCGUCAGGAAGUUGCCCGAUUGAAUCAAGCUUGGUCAUCCCUGUGGAGUCGUGUGCUAUCCAAUGAAUCAGACGCUCCAAAAAUGAACCUAAGUUAUCGCGACGCUUCGACGGUAGCCUCUUUGGACUUACCGCCGCCCUAUCCAGGCUCCCCGCAAGUGCAGGGAAUUCGUGGUGGAUAUGCUGGAGCCAACAUACACGAGAUCGGGCUCGAGUAUUUAUGCCAUGACUGGUUCGCCGGUGAAUCACUUACCGGACAAGAGCUGGAAGAACGCCUGGACGGUGAAAAGGCAUCCGAAAAAGCUGCUCCUCCCGAAGAGCAACUGCUUCUCACAUUCGCCGACUCCUUCCCAGUACAAUUCGAGUUCGAGAAAAAUGAACUGACGCUACACGCGCAUUUCACCCAGCUACGGACUCCGAAGGGAACGCUGGACAACGUCAUUGCAACGGUCACCUAUCGUCUAGAAGGGGAACUCGAAAAGGAAUGGAAUCUUGUUCGAGUCGAUAAGCCGAAGAUCGAAAACAAGGAAGACACCAGUUCUCGAAACGUCCGCGAACUGAUCAUUCGACGAGUCGCACUGAAUCUUUUGGAUCGCGAUAUUCCAACAACGAUUGAUUUGACACCCCUUUCACGACGCCUUCUUGACGAGAUGGAAAUCGACCAGCCGCUUGUACCGCAAAUGGCCGCCACCAAAGAAGGCUGGCUGCAGAUCUGGUGGUAUUUCUAG